UGUGGCAGUGCGGCGGGGACGGGGGCAGCUGAUUGGUCGCCCGUGUCACACAGCGCCACUUCAAAGCCAGAGAGGAGCCUACAAUUGAGGAAGAAUGGGCGGAACGCAUCAUUGUAUUGCACACCUCUAAAAAAAAGAAAAAGAGGAAAAAAAAACGAGCGCUCCUGAUUCAUAAAUAUAAAAAGAUCCUCUGAGGAGGGCAGUGUUUUUGUGUGAUGGCAACUUCACUUCUAGGGGAGGAGCCGAGGUUAGGAUCGACUCCUUUAGCCAUGUUGGCUGCAACAUGCAACAAAAUAGGGAGUCCGAGCCCUUCACCGUCCGCUAUAUCGGAUAAUUCCUCAUCUUUUGGGAAGGGCUUCCACCCGUGGAAGAGAGCCACCGCCAGCAGCAGCAGCCUGGGGUCCGGUCUGUCCAGCUUCGGGGUGUCCCGGAACGGAUCUGGCAUUGCCUCGGACUCUUUCGGCAACAACGGCUGCAGCGGAUCCAGUGCCUUCUCUCUCACGUCUGGGACGUCGUCUGGCUCCCAUUUCGGAAACGACUACUCUGUUUUUCAAGCUUCGACCAACACUCAAGAGUCCAGCCAUCAGCCGGUCUUCAUCUCCAAGGUGCACACCUCGGUGGACAGUUUGCAGGGCAUCUAUCCGAGGAUGAGCGUUGCACAUCCAUACGAGUCCUGGUUCAAGUCCUCUCAUCCCGGGAUCCCCGCGGGAGAGGUCGGGACCACCGGAGCUUCUGCCUGGUGGGAUGUGGGGGCAGCAGGGUGGAUUGACGUUCAAAACCCGAAUGGAGCAGCACUACAAUCGUCCUUACACUCCGGUGGACUGCAGGCCUCCUUACACUCUCCCCUCGGAGGAUAUAAUUCUGAUUACUCCAGUCUAAGUCACUCUGCUUUCAGUACGAGCCCCUCUCCACACCUGUUGACAACCGGCCAACACCUGAUGGACGGUUUCAAGCCGGUAUUACCCUCUUAUCCAGACACAAGCCCUUCAUCGCUAACAGGAGCAGGAGGGACUAUGCUCUCCGGGGGUCCCCCUUCAACUUUAGCAGGCUCCCCGAGAUCCUCCGCCAGGCGGUACUCGGGCAGGGCCACCUGCGAUUGCCCGAACUGCCAGGAGGCGGAGAGACUGGGACCGGCGGGCGCCAGCUUGCGGAGGAAAGGCCUGCACAGUUGCCACAUCCCCGGCUGCGGAAAGGUAUAUGGCAAAACGUCGCACCUGAAGGCGCACCUGCGGUGGCACACCGGCGAGAGGCCGUUCGUGUGCAACUGGCUGUUUUGCGGCAAGAGGUUUACGCGCUCCGAUGAGCUCCAGCGGCACUUGCGCACACACACCGGCGAGAAGCGCUUCGCGUGUCCGGUGUGCAACAAGAGGUUCAUGCGCAGCGACCACCUCAGCAAGCACGUAAAAACUCACAGCGCCGGGGGUUCCGCCGGCUCUGGCUCCGGGGGCAGCGGGGGUAAGAGGGGGAGCGACACUGACAGCGAGCACAGUGCGCCAGGAAGCCCUCCGUGCCAUUCCCCCGACUUGUUGCACCCACCUGAAUCCACCCAGGGAGUGGGCAUGAACGGCCUCUAAAAACUCUACCGAGUUAGGUGAAAAAUAGAGGCGAAAAGGCAAACGAGCGGACAUACUUUAGUGUAUGCGAUAAGCUCUAUCCUGACUGUUGUCAUUUAAGUGUUUAAGUCUGCAAACUGCGUCAUUUCAUAGCUGUGCCAUAGAAACUUCAAAUUAGUGACUCCAGGCGUGAAAGUGAAAAUAAUCUGUUCUGUUUUCUCAAUGUAAGACAUGAAAAAAAAUGCUAUAUGAAAUAUUGGGGCCUUGGAAAAAUUGCGCUCCUGCUGACAAACCUGUUCUAAAAAACCAAACACUGGCACUUUAAUAUCGAGCAAAAGGAUUUUGUCUUUUUUGCCACUGCUCGGUAGAAACGAAUAUAUUUGGAUUCGGGUGUAGAAUGGUAAAAUUAUGGCCAUUGUCUCUGUUUAACAUGUUCACUCCACAGCCUGCAGAAUAGUCCGCUAAGUUUUCUAGGCCAGUAAAGGGUAACUUACACUUUACUGCAGAAAUGUCCUGUAUAUAAAUGUAGGUUAGAAUGAAUACAGCCCAAAUGUAAAGGUGAGCAAUGUAUUUGUCCAGGAGACGAUUUUUGUAUAGGUAUUUCUAGUUAUAUAUGGAUUCUAGUAAAUAUUUGAGAAAAAAAUAUACGGACAUGUACUUGGAUCUUUUUUUUUUUUUUUUUUUUUUUUGACCUGGUAUGAAAUGUAUUUGUGGGGAAAUAUAUUUAACCACGAUUUUUCUUUAUUUGUAUUUUGUUUAUUUCCUUGUAUCUAGGAGGUCUUUCAUUAGGCGCACUUUGAAUUUAUUUGUACGGUUUGAAAAUCAUUUACGGUUUACCCGCUCGUUUAAUUUAAGUAAGCAUGUUGUAAAGUGGUUUUUAAUUUUACAAUGAUGAUUUUUUUUCCCUCUUUUUCUCUCACUCUCUUUCUCUCGCUGAGAAUGGCUUUUUGUGUGAGCCACUCAAUAAAGUCAGUAUGAAUUCAGAAGCA